CAAUGGCAACCUGUGGAGCGCUCUCUCUCUCUCUCAUUCCCUUUUAUGCAGGAGCUCUGUGCACACCAACCAUGCCCGCUCUGCUUAUUCAGUCUGAGAGGUGCUUUUGUUUGUAGAGAAGCAAUUCGGGAUCAACGCAGAGAAGGGGAAGCAGUGACGCUUAAGCAGAUGCUCCCCCUUGAUUAAGGAGGGUGCGGACUUCAGAUUGGCUCCAGCCACCUGCUUCCUGAUUGCACCCUGCUUUGUGAACUGCAGAGAGAAAAAGUGAGCAAGCAAGCAAGCAAGCGCACAAAUCGUUCCCUCUCCUGGACCACUCUAGAUGCUCACAUUGAUUCCGGCGUGGCCAGAGAUUCCUGCACAUUUUGAAUGAGACAGCUGCGCUUCUGUGUGCAGGACUCCAGCAGUUGAACCAAACCAGAGACAAGUUGCGGGGAGAGCAUCAACAGUCGGCGGUACAUUUGCUGCCUCACUGGGAUGGAUUAAUCUGUGUUGAGGUCAGGAGAGCCGUGUGCUUAAGGGACUGAGUUGGCACGGAGGGAAGGAGGCAGGCAGAGUGUGGAUUUGGCCAGCCGAGUGAAUCAGCAAUUGAGGCAGGAGCUCCCCUCUGCUCUGUAAUCCUGAUAGGUUUCGAGAGAGAUGAGAGCAGCUGCUGCCUAACAUGUGCAGAUCUUCUGGUCUGUGUGCCAAACUGAAGAAGACUCUUUCUCCUCGCCGCUGAGAUUGACUCUAAUUCUGUCACUGCUGGCUGGACAUUGAUGGCCAUGGGCUCCACGGGUACCGAGACGAGUCCGGGAAUGGAGAGCACUCCUUUAAAGUAUCCGAUAGGAGGCCACACAGAGAAGAUGUGGCAACGGCUCAAAGGAAUAUUAAGAUGUUUGGUGAAGCAGCUGGAGAAAGGUGACGUCAAUGUGGGUGAUUUGAAGAAGAAUAUUGAAUAUGCCGCAUCUGUCCUGGAGGCUGUAUACAUUGACGAAACAAGGAGACUCUUGGAUACAGAGGAUGAGCUGUCAGAUAUCCAGUCAGAUUCGGUCCCUCUGGAAGUACGGGAUUGGUUGGCGUCCACCUUCACGAGGAAAAUGGGGAUGACCAAAAGGAGGCCAGAGGAAAAACCAAAGUUUCGAGCAAUUGUGCAUGCUGUACAAGCAGGGAUUUUUGUAGAAAGAAUGUAUCGAAAGACCGCUAGUAUGGUUGGCUUGGCCUUUCCAGCUGAAGUGAUGUCAUCUUUUAAGGAUGUUGAUAAAUGGUCAUUUGAUGUGUUUGCCCUAAAUGAUGCAAGUGGGGGACACAGCCUGAAAUUUAUGAUGUAUGAAUUAUUUACCAGAUAUGAUCUAUUGAACCGUUUCAAGAUCCCUGUUCCCAGCCUUAUUUCAUUUGGAGAAGCUUUGGAAACUGGCUACAGCAAACACCGAAACCCUUACCACAACUUAAUCCACGCAGCUGAUGUCACCCACACUGUGCAUUGCAUCAUGCUUCUCACUGGGAUCAUGCACUGGCUCACCGAACUGGAAGUGUUAGCAAUGAUCUUUGCAGCUACAAUCCAUGACUACGAGCACACCGGGACUACGAACAACUUUCACAUCCAGACCAGGUCAGAUGUUGCCAUUUUGUACAACGAUCGCUCCGUUCUUGAAAACCACCAUGUAAGUGCUGCUUAUAAGAUUAUGCAAGAAGAAGAAAUGAACAUUCUGGUGAACCUAACCAAAGAUGAGUGGAGGGAGCUGCGCACCCUCGUCAUCGAGAUGGUCUUAUCAACUGACAUGUCAGGCCAUUUCCAGCAGCUCAAAACAAUGAGGCACAGUCUGCAGCAGACCGAGGGGAUAGACAAAGCCAAAGCCAUGUCCCUGAUCCUACAUGCCGCCGACAUCAGCCAUCCAUCAAAAACCUGGAAGCUGCAUUACCGGUGGACGAUGGCACUGAUGGAAGAAUUUUUUCGACAGGGAGACAAAGAGGCACAACUGGGGCUACCGUUUUCUCCUCUCUGUGACCGCAAAUCCACCAUGGUGGCACAGUCCCAAAUAGGUUUCAUAGAUUUCAUAGUAAAGCCAACAUUUGCUCUUCUUACUGACUCCAUGGAAAAAAUAGUUUAUCCUCUUAUAGAGGAAGCGUCAAAAUCUGCAAGUCCUUCCUUCACGACAGCACUAAGUGACAUCGCUGAAGGAUCCACCAUGGAGGUACACAGAAGGAUAAAUGUUAAAAGCAUCGGAUGUAUUGGCGGGACUCUCUCAGAAACCUCUUUGACCACUGUGGACUUAAGAAGCUUUAAAGACUGCCUGUUUCAGAUCAUACACGAGAACAAAGACAGGUGGAAAGAGUUAGCAGAAAAAGAAGAACAAAUGCCAAAAGCUGGUGGGGAGAGAAAGGAACAGAAAGGCCAAAGCCGACAUGCCACAGACCCUUUGCUAGAGGAGGUGGCAACGAAGACACCAAAUGAGAAGAGCAAGGAAAGUGGUGGUGAAAGGCCAUCUGUGGACUUGUCCCGUACCUCUGUCGUCCUUCAAGUGCACUCUCUCAAUUCCCUGCCCAAACCAUCUGACUCUGAGAUCUCACCAAAGGAUUCUUUGAAUGGAAAAGAGACUGCAGAUGUACAGCAAGACACAAAACCUUGUGCUCCGCUAAAUGGCGAGCCUAACCUCAAUAAGACCGUGGAAGUGACCCCUGAAGAAAAGAAGAAGACGCUGCUCCGCAACUAGAUGAGCUGCAUCCUCAAAUGUUUCUGCUGUUUUGAGAAGGAUAGGAUGAACAGCACUAAGACAUCUCCAUUCCCCACGAGGCUGUUACCUUCCGUGCCAAAUCAUACUUGGACCAUCCUAUCUAUAGACGCAACAAUGAUGGAUACUCAAACAUUAAACACUACGAAGCUCUGAGCUGGUAACUCAAGGCACUUAAUAGCAGCACUGGAUAUGUGGAGUUAUUUUAUUCCUUCUUCUGGUCCUGCAACCCUUAGCUUUGCUGGAAUGCGUUUCCAGCCAAUUUCCUUUGAAAUCCAUGAAUGAAUGUUGCCAUAUGGGCUGAAGACUGACUGGCUAGCAGAGACUUCUGGACAAGCCUGCUUGGGGUGGAAAGCAUAACCACGGCUUGUGGAUGAGCGAGGGGUGCAGUUGGCAUACCAAACUGAAGUCGCUACAGACAGCCACCGCCUUUCCUUCUCGCAGCCCCGUUGCAUAAUGACGCUCGCGUCUGCAUUUAUGCGGGUCCUUUUCUUUUUCAAAGUGCGGGAGAGAGAUUCCGAAAAGCUGUGCCGAAAAAUUCAGGAGUCGCAGAAAAGCCUCUAGAAUGAGCAGUGAAUGUAUUGUUGACACCAUUCUGUGUUUAGGUGGUGGGAGCAGGUGUUUUAUUUAAACAGCUUUUUUUAAGAGAGAGGGAGAGAUGAUCUGUUUAAAGGUAGAGAAAUAGCAGUAGGUCACAAUAUCAAAGUGUUGCCCUUCUUGGGCUCUAGCAGAUGAGGCAUUGCCUGCUGGUUAAGCAUGUGCUCUGCAUGCAGAAGAUCCCAGAUCUAAUUCCCUGGCACCUCCAGUUUAAAAAUGAGCUCUGCGAGGCCUCUGGCUACAGUCUUGGAGAGCUGCUGCCAGCCUGAGUAAACAUUACUAGGCUAGAUAGGCCAAUUGCCUCCUUAAGGCUGCUUUAUAUGUAUGUUGUUCAAAACUAUCUUGAUAGAUAUGCCAUGAAAAUGCAUUGUGUUUUUUAAAAAUAUAUAUAUACAUAGAGAGAUAAAAGAACUACCAAUGAUUGGGGUACGUGAUCUUAACUUGCUCAUAAACCACAGGCAAAUGGCCUGUGGGCACUACUGAGGAGAUAAUUCAGUCAAAACCUGUCUGUUAUAUUGAGGACAGCAUAGUGACUUUGCAUGCCAUAGCAGUUCCUCUUCUUCUUUCCAGGCCUCUCUCACUUUUUGAACUGGGUACAUUCCAAAAUAUCAGGGAUGGUAUAAGAUAAUACCAAGAAGUCAUAACAGAUGCCAGUUGCCAUGGAAGCCAUAGCAGAUCUGCGCAGUUUUAGUACAGAUUAUUUAAUUUGGGGUGGGAGUUAUGCAAAAGAUUUGGGGGUGGGGAGUGGGGUGGGAGAGAGAAGCAUUUUAAGAUAUUUUAUAAGGGCCAGAGCUUACCUUCAGCAUGGACUUUUGUGUACAGUACCGUAAACAAACGACAUUUCAAAGAAUAAAAACAUAUGAUAUACUAUAUAAUGCAACUUGCGGUUUGGCUAAUCUUGCUCUCUUUCUCUGUGGGUGCGCAUGGGAGCAUGUGCACAUGCACGAACUAUGGCUGCCAGGCGACUCCCAGAGUCUGUGCCCCCAUGUCCUCUUGCAUCCAAAUAACUGUCACUGUGAAUCAUCUGCUUCAAAAUGGGGUGCGAGAUAUGCAUCCAACGUGUGUGUGUGUGUGUGUGUGUGUGUGUGUGUGUGUGUGUGUGUGUGUAAUGGGGCUACUCUUAAUGAAUUACUCAGGAAAAACACCAGAAGCAUUUGAAUCCAGAGCCUGGGGUGCAAAUAGAAGCCGUGAUUUAUCUGCUCCCUCCACUGAAGUGAAGAGAUGGACUUUACAGCAAUGAGAACUCAGUGCGGACAAAGUAUCCCAGCUUGCCUACAACAAAUCAUAAAUCUGUGGGGCACUGAUUUUCCAGUGUGCUAAAGAUCUAGGAGGAAUCCCUUACGCCAUCUCUUUUUGCAAAAGUACGCCAGCUUCGUGCUUGUAAUCGGCACGCCUACAGAUGAAACUGCAGUCUGUGAGUCUAGCCGCCGGCCAGAGAUCUUUGGGCUGAGAUUGCCGAGACCUCAGACCCUCGAGCCUCUUGUCAAUGCUAGGAACUUGGCUCUGGUAGGUGGAAAGCAGGGUUUGCUAAUGCAUUUUUGUGAAGCAGAAGACAUAGCACAUGGACUGUAGAAUUUUGGAACUUGUUGCUUGAAAAUGGGAGGACUUGCAGAACGAUCGCCUUAGCACGAUAUUGAUCGUGCUAAGGCGAUCGUUCUGCAAGGCAAGCAUUUCAGCUUCUGGACAGAAUAGCCUCCCUCCUCUCCCCUGCUUGUGCUGUUCCAUGGGUUCUCCUGGGUAGGGGCCAUAUCCCACAGGAUUCUGCCACCCGUGGUGGCUGUUGCAGUCUGCUUCAUGACCAGGCCAGCCCUGCCUAUCAGAACAAUCUAGAGAAAGGCUAUAAAUGUAUAAGCUAACUGAAAACCACUUCCCAGAACAUGUGCACACUUUUUCUAUUGCCACACAAUAAUCUCUGCACAAACAGGGUGUUUUUUUAAGGCUCUGUGAAACCAAGCAAACCCAGUGAACAGAGAUGGCAGGAGGAUUUAUCUAUACAUAAUGAACAAUGAAGGCUCUUAUUAUACAGCUUUCAGCAUUCUAAACUGCGUGGGCUGAGAAGUGUCCAUCUCCAGUUUCAUUUUCGCUUCCUGCAGCAAUAAUUUAGCACCCCUAAAACUGUUUACACUCUGUGACUUAUAUCAAGAGUGAAUGUGAUUAGCUGCUCCAAAUAUCUAAGAAGAUACUUAGCAAAGAGAUACAGAACUGCCUGUCCUCUCCAAGAUGACAGAAGUCUGCAUUGUUUAUUUGCAUAAAAUGAACAUUUUGUUUCUCACUCGCCUGAGAACUUCAGCUUAGCAUCUGCAAAAUGAUGAGCAACUCUCUCUCUUUUUUGCACCCUCUUAAUGGUAAAUUGCAUUCUGAGAGAUGAUUGACAUCCUGAUCAAAGUAACUGGAUCACUGAGAAGCCACUACAGUAUUAGCUUAUUCUCAGGUUCAUUUUGCAAAUAAACUGGCAUUAUAAAGAGAAACGAACAUUGUGACUCUUGACUGCCCCCGUCUGUUCAGUUUGCCAACUUGUGGAAUGUAAAUUGCAUAGUAACACAAGAAAUAUUCUCAUUUAAGGCCAUUAUUACAGCAACCAUGACAAACACUGGACUGGGAACCUCAGCUGUCACUAAAGGGGGUAGUGGUAGAAUAAUUUGCAGAGUGGGAGAAGGGAUGCUUAAUCCUUCCUUUGCUGCUGUUUCCCCCCCUCCCUCAACUAGGAUUUACAGAUACAUAUUUGGCAUUUUAAAGGGGGGGGGACUGCAGAGAUAUAGCAGCAAAGGGUUAAUUCCUCACUCUCAUGUUGUGUUUCUCUGAUACAAAAUAAUUCACUUCUUCCAGUUUACGGAGGGGGGAACUGUCUGUGCUACAUUAAAGAAUACACUCCCCACCUCCAAAUAUUUAUACUGAGAUAAAGCCUCUAGCUUCUGUGUUGUGAUCAGAAUACAUUUUAUUACACUUAGGACUGAUAUACUGCUCUACAGCACAAUCUCAUAUACAUUUACUUAGGGAUGAGUUCCACUGAAUUCAAUGAGGCUUCCUCCUAAGUAAAGUUUCAUAGGUUUCGAAGUCUUAAAAGUGGUGUUUGCCAACUAGGCAAACCCUUGAGAUUUCCCUUGAGAUUUGUCCGGACUACAACUUCCAUCAUCCUUGGGCCACUUCGCUAUGCCCGUUGGCUAUGCUAGCUGGGACAGAGUGAAUGAAUCUCUACAGCUGGGAAAGACUACCUUAGAGGGUUAAAGCUACUUCAUAUUACAGUGGUACCUCGCAAGAC